UCUAUUUUGUCCUCGCAUCUGAUUGGCUCCUGUGCCGGAAGUAAACAUCACGUGAACUCGGGACAUCAGCUGAUCCUCCGUAGACAUCUUUACUAGUCACGACUGCGGCGAUUAAAUCAUCCCUCCUCGUCUGUGAUUCUCGGGCCCGUGCCAAUCUUUUAACGACAGCAACCAUGGCGCUCAGCGAUGCCGACGUUCAGAAGCAGAUCAAGCACAUGAUGGCCUUCAUUGAGCAGGAGGCCAACGAGAAGGCAGAGGAAAUCGAUGCAAAGGCGGAAGAAGAGUUCAACAUCGAGAAGGGCCGCCUGGUCCAAACCCAGAGGCUGAAGAUAAUGGAGUACUAUGAGAAGAAAGAGAAGCAGAUUGAGCAACAGAAGAAAAUUCAGAUGUCCAACCUGAUGAACCAGGCUCGACUGAAGGUGCUGAAGGCCCGCGAUGACAUGAUCUCGGAAAUGCUGAACGAGGCUCGCCAGCGGCUCGGUAAUGUCGCAAAAGACCCGGCCCGGUACCCAGCUCUGCUGGAUGGAUUGAUCUUGCAGGGCUUCUAUCAGCUUCUGGAGCCAAAAGUGACUAUUCGCUGCCGUAAACAGGACCUUCAGGUGGUACAGGCGUCCAUCCAGAAGAACAUCCCCAUAUACAAAGCAGCAGUGAAGAACAACCUGGAGGUCCGCAUCGACCAGGACAACUUCCUGUCCCCCGACGUGUCUGGAGGCGUUGAGAUCUACAACGCUGACGGGAAAAUUAAAGUGUCCAACACCCUGGAGAGCAGACUGGACCUCAUGGCUCAGCAGAUGAUGCCUGAAAUCCGAGUGGCUCUCUUCGGUGCCAACCCAAACCGCAAGUUCAUGGACUGAGAAGCUCCGUCUGUAUAAGAGGAAAAAAAAAAAAACUCUCCUGUUAUUUUUUAUUUUUGUCACAUGAAAGAAAAGAAAGAAAAAAAAACGUCAUUCCUUUGUCUGUGAAAUGAAAAUUUCCGAUGCAGAAGAGAUGCAUUGUUGUUGUGUGACGUAUUGCUGUAUAUUUUUCGUGCAUUAUGGGAUAGAUGCUGCAUUGUUACAGAUGUGCAUCGGAGGAGCUGCACAGCUGUAAAGCACUGGUUUACUCCACUGCUCCUCCUCCUCCUCCUCAUCCUCCUCGUCCUCCUCCUCCUCCUCGUGGGUCGUAGUUUACGCUGAUUGGUCGGGAGAAGCUGGGAACGUGCGGUUGGCUGGACGUUUAACUUAAAUUGAAUCAGCCUUCAUGACAAACAUACCAUCUGUGUCGCAGUUUUCUUCCAUUCAUUAACCUCCGCCCCGCGUUAUAAGUUGCAUGGGGCAUUGUGUCACUAAUGGAUGUCUGCUCCAACCAAUCACAGGAAAAAAAUUAAAACAAAAAAACAACUUGUAUCCUAGAAACAAAACGGCUUCAGACCGAACAUGACCUUACGGAGUUAAUUUAUUGGUGUUACACCGACUACUCUUCUGUUCAAGGAGUGGGUGAUAUCAUUCCAGAGGGUGCACUGUAUGUAUAUGAGGUUUCCAGAUUAAAUUAUACGUAUGCGUGGUUGUUUUUCUUUUUGUUUUUCUUUUUGUUUUUUUUGAUUGUGUCUCAAAUGUUAUAUUGUGGAAAAUGUAAAACGUAAUAAAAUCUAAAUCAUUA